UGUUUGCUAAUACAGACAAGCUAGCUUAGCCGUAUCCUCCACCAUCAGUUAGCUAGAUAAGUGUAAUGUUACCGAUUCUUAGGUCCUCGUCUCUACUAUGGGACUGCAGUCAAAUGACACGGUAAGAGAUGCCAUGUGGCAUAACACUGGGUAAAGAGGAUAACUAACUAAACGGCGGCGCAAGUUACAACGAUUCUACUUGAGUAGCAGGUGCUGAGAAACAGAAAGACGAGAGUUGCCAACAGCCCCAGACCCCUCGUUUGACCUCAAGUGGGUGCAGUUAAUCACAACAUGUUGGUGACUGCCUAUCUUGCCAUCAUUUUCCUGGUUGCUCUGUGUGUCGCCCUCGAGGUCACUGCACGCCGCCUCACCCCACCUCAGUCUACCCCAACCGCACAAGCCAACCCGGCCUUCCGUCGCUUCCAGAGCAUAUUCCUCCGUGCAUACCUGUUGGCUCUGUGGGCAGACUGGCUCCAGGGUCCUUACCUCUACAAACUCUACCGACACUACAGCUUCCUGGAAUCCCAAAUAGCCAUCUUAUAUGUGUGUGGCCUGGCUUCCUGUGUUCUGUUUGCUCCCAUUUCAGGCUGGCUCCCGCAAGUCUUGGGCCGCAGACAGACAUGUCUUCUCUUCUGCCUGUCCUACUCAGCUUGUUGUCUCACCAAGCUGUCCAGAGAUUACUUUGUUUUGAUUGGGGGCCGUGUCCUGGGGGGUCUGUCCACGUCCCUGCUUGCCACCACAUUUGAAUCCUGGUACGUGCACCGACAUGUAGAUGUUCAUGAUUUUCCAAAGGAGUGGAUCCCCAGCACCUUCACUAAGGCGGCUACUUGGAACCACGGACUUGCCGUUGCAGCGGGACUGGUAGCCAACAUGCUUGCCGAGUGGCUGCACCUGGGGCCGGUGGCUCCCUUUCUCCUGGCUGUCCCCUGCCUGGCGUGCUGUGGCUGGGUUGUGCUAACAGACUGGGGCAAGGAAGAAACUGAAGGAGGUCCUGAAGGGGACAAACAGACACUGCUUGGGACUUCAAUUGGAGGUGCGACACGUUUGUCUGCAAAGGCCCGGUUCACACGCAGCUGCCAAGAGGGGCUACGCUGCCUGCUUUCAGACAGGAGAGUUAUUCUCUUGGGAGGAGUGCAAGCUCUGUUUGAAAGUGUCCUCUACGUCUUUGUUUUCCUGUGGACCCCAGUACUGGACCCUCAUGGGGCCCCUUUAGGAAUAGUUUUCUCUUGCCUGAUGGCUGCCAGUAUGGUUGGCUCCUUGCUGUACCGCCUAGCCACCUCCUCUCGUUACCGUCUCCAGCCCGGCCAUGUGCUCUGCCUGGCUGUGCUGAUGGCUUUCUUCUCUUUCUUCAUGCUGACCUUUUCCACCGCUGCCGGCCAGCCUCGACCUCAUGAAUCCUUCGUGGCCUUCCUGCUGUUGGAGCUGGCCUCUGGCCUCUACUUCCCAGCAUUCAGUUUUCUCCAGGGCAGGGUUAUCCCAGAGGAGAAGCGGGCUGGUGUGCUGGCCUGGUUCCGUGUGCCUCUGCACCUGCUGGCCUGCCUCGGGUUGCUGGCCCUCCAUGGAGAGGUAUCGGGAGAUGGCGGAGGGGAGGCUGGCAGCGGCACCAGACACAUGUUUGGAGGCUGUGCCGUCAUGAUGCUGGCAGCUUUGAUGGCUGUAGUUAGUCUGUUCACUCUGGGCAGAAAUGACACAGACCUUAAACUGGAGGAAACCAGAGAGGAGGGGGAGAUGUACUGAGGAGAUUGACCCCAAUCAUUUGUGCUUUGAAAUGAGUUAUACCAGUUUUGUGAAACUGAAAGUAUAAAGCUAAUGUGAAUGAACAGAUUAAAGAGAUGUCUGCAUCUUGCCAAAUGUAUCAGUGAAGAAAAUCAAAGGUCAAAGGGUUGUUUGGGAGACACAAUUUAAACAAUAUUUCCAUUUUUAUAUGUUACUUUUGCUUUUUGGGAAAGGCUAUUAUCAGUCCUGUCUGUUUAGGGAUGUUGAUGGAACGUGGUCAUAUCAACGUUCCUUUUUUAUCAUUCCAUUCAUUAUUUCAUAUAACAUGCAAUUGACUCAACGUGUCCAUCACAGGAUCCAGCAUAAUGAAUUUCACCUGCUACUGGGGAUCAGUCAUUCUGCAGCUUUAUCAAAUGGAAAGACAUUAAUUUAAAGUGGGCAAAAUAAAUAUCCAAAGAAAUAAGACCAUGACUAAACUGUAGAUCUGAAUUUCAUUUUUUACAUUACUUCCUGCACUGUACUUUGGAUUCUGAAUGUUUGUUUUAAUUCAGGUUUACUCUACAUGCACCAUCUUAGGGAUAUUUUCUAUGUGUCUCUCUUCAUGAAACUUGUAAAUAAAAUCAGUAAUAUUGUA